AGACGUGAGGCACAAAGUGUCAAUUACGAGGGAAGCCGAUCCUCGGGGUUAAGAUGCAGAGACAGUUCAUCUUUGCUGAGAGAUGUUGCCUGGGAAGCCGUUCGAUAUGGCUUGCGAGUGCGGCGAAGUCUCUACGCGGAUUCCUCGGCCCUUGCCUUGUUGAUCUGCAAGCGAUAAAUCCGCGAUGAACGAACAAAUGUCUUCAAAGAGAGCAGAAUGGAAAUCGUGUCCGGCAAAGCAGUGUGCUGCAAAUGAAAAUACAAAAGAUCGCAGCGGGGGAAAUUGCUAGUCGUUCGAAGUCUGCUCCUGAUGUCCUCGCAGUGGCACUGAUCCUCGAAGAUGUUGUGUCGUUGAUGCAGAGCUGCAAGGAAAUUGAAAUCUCCAAAGCUAAUAUGUCUCUGCAGACCACUUCCACUGCUCACACGUACGCACAGUAUCUUUGCACCGUGACUUCUCGGGCGCGGUGCUUUUCCGCUCGUGAUGCAGCUGGUUUACUGGUAAAUCGUCGCGCUCACGUGAACGUACAGAGCAAGGCGGAAUACUAGUUGGAAGCGCGUCAUAAAUUUACCCGCGACGAAUGGUCACCAGAGUCAGACACUUAGCUAACGCUAGGGCAGUUCGAUAAAAUUGAAUCGUCUUGUUGAAAGUUAUUUCGACGACCCGUGGAUCGAUUCGAGUACACCCGAUUUAUCUCUCGCAAACACAUUUAACUUCUGCAGGAUGAACUCAUAGCUGUUAUUUGACGACAUCGACGACGAGGAGGCUCGCGCGACCGCACUGAAAGUGUCGAUAAGGCAGUACUUCGUGGUCGUCCAAAAAUAU